CCAGUGUUUACGAAACAUUUGAAUGAUAUCGAGGUUGAAGACAGCAGCAAUGUAACUUUCAGUGUUUCCUUUGACGGAUUGCCACAGCCUUCAAUAGCUUGGUAUUUUAACGAAGAGCUUCUCAAGUCAAGUGCAGAUUUUUUUAUAGAUACGGAUCAAACACUGAAAGAGUCAAGGCUUGUUAUUAAGGAGUUAUUUCCUGAUGACGAGGGAACAUACAUUUGUAAAGCUGUUAAUUUGCUUGGCACUGCAGUGACA